AUGCCGGCCCAACGCCCUCGCGCGUCGUUCGAGCCGAUCGCACCCGACUUCAACCUGAAAGCCCUUGUCGAGCAGACGCCCAACUUUUCCUAUGUCGACCGGAUCAGCUGCGAUAUGAUUGAACAGCAGGGUAUGGCCGCAUUUGAGAAGCUUGUCACGCUGCAUGUCAUCGUCGGAGGAAAGCCGCUUGUCAUCGACAACUUCGAGGAGCGAUUGGAUCCUUGGACCUUCACCCCAAAGUGGCUGCGAGACAACUGCGGAGACAAGGUUGAGAACGCACGCAACUUGACAGCAAAAGAGAAUCUGCCUCUGACCAUGGCCCACUACUUGAACAACAUGGGCUUAUUGACUAACCAAUUCUUUGACAAGCCCGGCGCAUACAAGGAAAAGGGAAGGCAAAGAGUCUACCUGAAGGAUAUUGAUUGCCCUGGGGUAUGGUGGGACAAGUUGAAAGAGCACAUCCCAGCGAAUUUGUCAUAUCUCAACGACAGCACGGGCGAGGUCGGUGGCCCAGGUGCUGUACCGGACAACAAUGUGCCAGGUCGACGACUCGGCAAGGGCAUUGCAAGAGCUGGCGAUUUAAUGAGCUCUCUGCCGCCGGACAUGCGCGCAGAGAAUCUGAUGUGCUACAUUGGUCACGAAGGAACCUACACGCCAUCACAUCGGGAGAUGUGCGCUUCACUUGGACAGAACAUCAUGGUCGAAGCGUCGAAUACCGUCUCCGAUGAGGGAAAGGCGGAGAAGCCUGGCUCGUCCAUUUGGUUCAUGACGGAGUCAAAAGACCGGCAUCUCGUGUCUGAGUAUUGGCUCAGUGUUCUCGGUCACGACAUUGAAGUCGAGAACCACUUUGCGCAAGUCGUGGCCUGGAAGAAAGCCCCAUUCAAGGUCUACGUCGUGGAGCAACGACCUGGAGAUUUCAUUCUUAUCCCGCCGUUGGCGCCGCACCAAGUCUGGAAUCGAGGCACUCGCACCAUGAAGGUGGCAUGGAACCGCACCACGGUGGAAACGCUCGAGAUGGCGAUGAACGAAGCGCUCCCACGCAGUCGCAUCGUCUGCCGCGAAGAGCAGUAUAAAAACAAAGCGAUUGUCUACUACACUCUUCAGAAAUAUGCCUCGCUCCUGACGCUCGCCAUGACUCAGGCAAAGCGCAUGCCUCCGGACGCCGCAAGCCAACUGCUCUAUACUGGAAAAGUCAAACAGCUCAUCAAAGACUUCAAACGCUUGUUCGCACUUUACCGCCAGAUCAUGUUGAGCGAAAUGUUUAAUCCCGAGGAUCGCGAUGCUCCAAAGUCGUUGGAGUAUCUGCCAUUCGACUCGAACGUGACUUGCGCUUACUGCAGAGGCAACAUCUUCAACCGAUUCCUGACAUGCGGGAACUGCAAGGACUUGCUCGGACACCACACCGAGGACGGAGAAGGUGAUCCUUACGAUGUGUGCAUGGACUGCUAUACCAUGGGACGAUCAUGCGCUUGCGUCAGUGGAUUACGAUGGGUUGAGCAGUUCAGAUGGAAAGAAUUGCAGACCAAGUACGAUGUGUGGCGUAAAAUGAUCAUUGAGCUUGACCAAGGUCAAAACGCGAAGACUCCACUGCCAUUGAUCGAGGAGCGCAGGAAACUUGGCAAGAAGACUCUUGCGGAAGUGUGCAAGGAGCAGCUGAAGCGUCGCCCAUUCAAAGACGUCAAAAAAUCGGAAGAACCAAAGGACGAUGAUUCGUCCGACGAGGAAAUCGUGGUUGGUGAUGAUGGCAAGGUCAGGAAGAUUACCAAGAAGAAGAGCAAGACUUUUCUCAAGAACAACCUGCCAUGCCACGUCUGCUGCCAUCGGCAUCCUACGUGGAAAAUGGCGAAGUGUACGACUUGCGACCGCUCGUGGUGCUAUGGCUCUCUUUUUCGCGGAUGGGACAAGAUGCCCAUCGAUAUCAUGGAAGAUCCCGCUUGGGAAUGCCCGCAUUGUUUGGGUAUCUGCUUCGCCGGCGCAUGCAAGAAGGAAGGCAAAAUGCAACCUUACGAGCCCAAGGGAACGCUGCUUGGCCACGACACGAAGAAGGUGGCAGAUGCGCGCAGUGUUGAGGCUUUGGUGGACUUCAGCGUCAGCAACUUGAACUGGCUGAAAGACGAUGCGCCCGAGAAGGCGACCGAGUCUCGUCGCUUCCAGAGAGCGAGAGAAGAGGCGAGAAGGAACAAGGAGAACGGCGACGUCGAAGUCGACGAGGAUGACGAUAUGAUCAAUACUACUCAGGUCGAAAUGGAAUACUCGCCAACUGCAGACGCCAUUGAUCCGGCGUUGAUGAGCGGUGCCCUGCCUAACGAAGAUGAGGAGGCAGCGUUGGCCAGACAGUUGCGAGAGGCCAACUCGUCUCUUGCGGCUCCCGCAGCACCGAUGGCAUCUUCGUCGACAAUACCAGAAGGUUACGCACCGCUUGCGCAAGCUGGCUACUCCGGAUAUGGAGCACCGCCUGCGACGAUGUAUCCUCAGCCAGGUGACGAUGAUUCGUAUCCAUACCCAGGCGAUGAUCGUGACGACAGCGCCGAUCCUCCCAACGGCGACGAGCUGCGACCAUUCCGAAAGCGGAGCCGCGGUGACGGUGACGACGAUGAUUUCGAGGAUAUCAACAUGUCCAAGGCUCCCAAGCAAAAGAAGCCCCGUCUCAUGCAAGCUGGAUUCCGUUCCUUCGACUUGGCAGAGUCUGCAGUUGGGGCUUCGGCUAGCAAAGCGAAGAAUGAGGCACAACGUCAAUUCGAGAAGGAGAAGGAGAGGAAGGCUUUGGAGAAGGCAAAGGCCGAAGGGCGAUUCAUCAUGCUGCAGGCGGCUAUCAAGGGCAAGAAACGAAUCGUUAAGCUACCUAUUUCGAGCGCGAGGCUUGCCCACGUCCUGGCGCAACAGACUGCUCUUGCUGCCCUCGCCGCACCCAGCGAUGGAAAUCAAGCGGACGCCGAUGCCGAGCACGAAGAUGUCGAUGGCGGCGUUGCUGUAAACGAGGAAGAAGACCUUGACGCAUUGCUCAAGUCUGAUCUUGCGCCAAAGAAAACACCGUCCAACAACCGCGUCAGUCGGGAGCAAAAGAUGCGCGAUGGAAUCAUCCUCACCGGCUCGACCAAGAAAGCACUUGUGCCGGUCGAGAAGGACGAGGAAUAUGGCUACCGCUACCGUGAGCGCCUACCCAAUGGCAAACGCGUGCAGCGAGAUACGAUGCCGCCUACUGCCGCAAGUGCGAAGUCCAGGAGAGAAGGUGUCACUCGAGGCGGCAAAGGUCGGGUCGAGUACGAGGAGGUCGACAUCGGGUCUGAUGAUGAGUUCGACGAGGAGCUUGAUGAAGACAACCAGCGUGCCAACGGUGGCAGCUGGUCGGCAAUCAAUUCCGCGCCUGGCAAGAAGCAGGAGAGAAACAGCCGGCGUAGCCUGCCCAGUUACCUGCAAGAGCGCCAGGGAGAUGACGACUUUCCGGAGGCCCUGCCCGAAAACUACCGCGAGAAAGGCAUGGCUGCCAGCCGCGCCGCGAGGGCCAGCACGGGCGCCAUUGCUCCAAGUGACCAGCUCCAGGCUGAAGUGCAAGCCACCGUCCCCUCGAAGGCCAUCAAGAAGAAGAAGUCUGUCAACUUCGUUGACGAGCAGAUCCCUGCGAGACGGUCCAACGUUGGUGGGAAAGGCCCAAGCAUGCGCCCUCCUUCGGCUCCGAUCUUGGGCAGCCAUCGUGAUACCGCCAUCGAAUUGGGCGACGACGCCUCCUCUUCGGACGACGAUGUUGAUGCCGAUGGCGACGAGGCGGACACGUUGGAUGUGAUUAAUCAAGCCGCUAAUGGGGACUUCGGCCAGUCGCAACUCUCGUCGUCCACGUUCAUGGGUGACGAUGAUAUUGCCGUGGGUGGAGCGGUGCAGCGGACCAAUGGCGCGACAAAUGGAAAGGCGAAGGAGACGGCUCAAAGGCAGCAGCAGGAACGCGCAAGGCAGGCCAUGGACGAGGCAAAUCGGAUGGCGAAGUUGGCUGCGUUGGAGAUGUUCGAGGACGAGGGUGGCUUUGGGCUUUGA